AUGUCGGGCGAGGCAUGGUUAUACCUGUUUGCGGUGUUGAUCAACGCCGUGAACCUGUUCCUUCAGGUCUUUUUCACUAUCAUGUACAGUGAUCUUGAGUGCGACUAUAUCAACCCGAUCGACCUCUGCAACCGUUUGAACACUUACAUCAUCCCCGAGGCUGCUGUGCACGGUUUCCUGACUUUCCUGUUCCUAAUCAAUGGAUACUGGGUUGCUCUCAUCCUCAACUUGCCCCUGCUCGCCUGGAACGUCAAGAAGAUCCUCGAGAAUACGCACCUCUUGGACGCCACCGAGAUUUUCCGCAAGCUCAACGUCCACAAGAAGGAAUCCUUCAUCAAGCUCGGCUUUCAUCUCAUCAUGUUCUUCUUUUAUCUCUACAGCAUGAUUGUCGCUCUUAUCAGGGACGAGACCCACUAA